GAUGCGCCCCGCGCCCAGGCAGUCUGGCCUUUUUCUCCUUCCGUGCGGUCUGGGUUUCCGCUUCCCUCCCGGGCGCGGGGUGAGAGGGAGCGAGGCCGAUUCUCGGCCCCUACCGCCGCCGGCAUGUGGCCCCCAGACCCGGACCCGGACCCCGAGCCCGCCGGCCGCCCCCGGCCCGGCGCGGCCGUCCCCGGGCUCCGCGCCCUCCUGCCGGCGCGCGCCUUCCUCUGCUCGCUCAAAGGCCGCCUCCUGCUGGCGGAGUCGGGUCUCUCGUUCAUCACUUUUGUCUGCUAUGUGGCGUCUUCAGCAUCUGCCUUCCUCACGGCGCCUCUGCUGGAGUUCCUGCUGGCCCUCUACUUCCUCUUUGCUGAUGCCAUGCAGCUGAACGACAAGUGGCAGGGCUUAUGCUGGCCCAUGAUGGACUUCCUACGCUGUGUCACAGCAGCCCUCAUCUACUUUGCCAUCUCUAUCACAGCUGUCGCCAAAUACUCAGAUGGGCCUUCCAAAGCAGCUGGGGUGUUUGGCUUCUUAGCCACUAUCGUGUUUGCAAUUGACUUCUACCUGAUCUUUAACAACGUGGCCAAAUUCCUCAAACAAGGGGACUCCGCAGACGAGACCACAGCUGACAAGGCAGAAGAAGAGAAUUCUGACUCCGACUCAGACUGAAGGCCUGGCCUGCCCUGGCAACCUGAGCCACAGGGGCCUUCACUCCUGUACCUUCUGACCAGGCUGGCUGGAACGUGGCCCAGGGACUGUGUGUGUGGGAAGAGCGGCUGUGACUUCCAAGCAGCAGGACUGCUGAUGGAGCUGGUCUCCUCAGAGCCCCAGAGUGACAUUUCUGAGCCCAGCAUACAGGAUGCCCCUCGCCACCCCGCCCCCCCGGCUGAGCUCUAACCACUCUGCAUGUGAGGGUACCAUGAAUAUCCUGCUACUUCUCCUUUCUGUCCCACAAACCUAAAACUCUUUAACCUCUCUGCCAAAAAUAAGCACAAGGGGACAAAGCAGAUAAGAGCCUCCUUACCCUAUCACAGGAAGCAUUUCACGCUGCAAGGCAGGAGGACAGGGGGAUAAGUAAGACAGAAACCACUGCAGGGCCAGCCCACCAGGUCCGGUGCUUUUUGUCUGCAUCUAGUGCCCCUGCUCAUGCCAAGUACUUCGUCAAGAAUGAGCCUUCUGAGAUCAUUUUGUUCCAGGAGCACCAGUACCCUCUCCAUUCAUGAAGCAGAAAGAAAACUGACCUUUGCCAAUCAUCUAGGAGUGGGGGCGCUUGGUGCCCAUAACUGACACCUCACACCCUUGGAGACCACAUCUUCGGGAGACAUGACUAUUCUGGGUCCAAGACAGUUUCAAAGAAAAGCUCGCAGACUAGCUUACCAGGUCCAAAAGAUCAAGGGUACCAAACGAUUAAUUAACCGACUGUCUGGGGGAGCUGGGCAGGCCCAGCCAAACCUUUCUCCUGGGGGCCACCAGUAGGUGAGGUUCUCAGGAGCUCAGGCCAAUGUGCUUCUCGACACCACAGUAGGUCUGACCACGAGGCAAGAUGUGCCUUCUGUUCACCCAAGGACCUAUGCUGUGUAAUCUUCACUAGGAUUCUAUAACUUUGUAUAAUUCUUUUUAUACAAAUCCAGCUCUUAAAUGGCUUAUCUUGUAUCCCUUGAGGCCUCAUGAAUGAGCCAAAGUUCUGGACCCACGUUUUGGGCAUUUGUAACCUUUUACUUUUCUCUUGCAUGUGAAUCUCCUACCCUGAAAAAAGCCACAGUGGAUUAAACCAGACUGACUACC